UGCGUGUCAUUUCCUGAUUCAGGGUCAACAACAUGGUGCCGUCCAUGGUCUGGGCGAGCCAAUGAUUUGAGUGGAUAUUUUCCUACGAAUGCCUUUUAUUUAUAUGAUACUUCGCUAAUAUUGUACAAGAGCUAAUGCUGGGGCAUUAGAUUGUUAUUCGUUGUUUUUCCACUGUCAAAGAGUAUUGAACAGGUGUCCAUCUGCUGCUGCUCACACAACUGAUCAUGUCGGGGACAAAUGUGUGGACUCGCAGUCGGGAGAGGAUGAGACGGUUCCCAGAGCUGUUUGCCCAGUGUUCUGGUGAGGCUGCAGCUUAUGGGAAGUGUGUGACAGCUACUACCACAGGCAGACAGGAGCUGAGAAAGGACCUGUGUGUUAAAGAGUUUGAUGCUCUUAAGACUUGCAUUGUUACAGCAGUGAGUGGCAUAUUACAGGUGUUCCAUCAUUUUCUAUGACAUUUUGUCUGUCUUUGAUGUAUAAAUUCAACUGACUUGAUCAUCUUAUUGUCUUGCAGGCCAAGAAGGGAGUGAAGUAGACCAUUCCGCCCAACACAUCUCUGCUGGACAUGUAGUGCAUUCUACUGGACAUAUAGUGCAUUCUGCUGGACAUAGGCUUUAUCGUCAACAUAAACAGGGGUGUAUUCACUAGGAACUAAACGGACGGAAACGAGAGGGACCUACCUGAAUUUGUUCAAUAGAAACGCUCAAUUACAUUGUAAAACAUUUGCAUCUGUUUGCAGUCUGCACUAAUGACUACACCCCAGGCAAUGGACCUAAUGUCCCCGUUGUUCCAUGUACAUCAUGUAGUACAGUUUCAGUAAUGCGAUGGCAGGUGCUGAAAGAUAUCUUGACUAGUCCCACAAGCAUAAUGUUUGACCUGUUGUUGGUCCCAGAGGUAAUGCUAGCAUGGUGUUUCAACUAGUCUUCAAUAGUGCGUCAAGGUCAUACCGUUUGACUAUGUAAUAACAUGUAACCCACCACCGAAGACUUGCAGGACUGUGUAUUUGUCAUGUAGAAAUAUGCAAAUUGGUGUAUGGGGUUCUCUUUGGUUAAUGUACACAACACACAUUGACAACCAACAUUUCAUAUUGUGACAUUUUCAGAAAUAUGAGUCGACCCAGAAUGAAAUAACUCUAAUUCUAAAAGAAGUCACGAGGAGUUAUGAAGCCACUGUUGAUGUCCUCCCUCUAUGAAGUCCAUUUCAUUCACUGUUCCUUAUGGUAGCCACAGCACUGGGCACCAUUGUAGAAGUCCAAGCCACUGUUUCAAAUGCUACAAGAAUAGAGAGUGAGAGAUGACUAAUUGCACUUCUGUUCUGGAAAUGAUGCAUUUACAUCUCAAUACUGGCAUAAAGAUAUUCACUUCGACCUGUUCAUUUCACCCCAAGUUAGGAUAAAGGCACAAAGCAGUGGAGCCCUCACACACAGGAUAUGACAAAACAAAAGAACCAUAUUCCUUUUAAGUCACAGAAGAAACACUGCUGUAGCACAUGUAAGGCACAAGAACGUGGAAUGUAGAAUCAGAGUUAUGGAUUCAGAACUCACAAAAAAUUAAAUCAUAUUGGAAUUGUA